GGAGUGUGCUGCUCAACCUCCUGCAAUUGCUGCGCGAGUUGCGCCAGACUUUCUACGGCUGCAUCGCAUGCUGCUUGUGACGGGGGCUGCAAGAUCGCCUCUUCAGACGGCUCUACCUCGCCGAAUUGGGCCCCUUUCCGACCAAGAGUCCGAAUCAGCUCCAGCGAUGCCUCAGAGUAGUCACCUCCAAACUCAGCAGCUACAGAAUCUUCACUAUCCGGUUCAUCCCGAGGCCGGGCCUUUAUCGCCGGCGCUGACAUGCUGUUUUGGGUCUACGUGUUAAGUUUGCAAGGAUAAUUCCGCCGAAACAAAGUUUAUGUUAUUUAAGGUAAUUCCAUUACAUGUUUUCUGCGCAAGGACCCUUACGCAUGCACUGAUCUGGUGUGGUACUACACCAAUGAGCCAGGCACCAUUGCCGGCAUUCUUACCUAACCAUCCAUACCCAAAGUGUGUAACUGGUCGAUGCGCUGUUGAAGUGCAUCUAUCGCCGACGACAUCGACUGAGUACCGGCAAAAUGUCUGAAGACUUAAAGGCAAAGUUCCGAGCAGCUGCUGCCCAACGCGGCUUGCCAUCUGCGAAGGAUCAGCUUAAGGCGAUUCGCGCUCAAAAGGCGGCUUCAGCAGCAACGGCAGCUGGCCCGGGGCCCUCUUCCCAGCGCCUGCAGCAACAGCAGCAGGGGCUGCAGCGGUCUGCCCCACCGCAACAGCAGCAGCAGCGGCCAGGAGCAGCGCCCGGCUCUUCUGCUGCAGCAUCACGACCAGCAGGGGCUGCAGGGCUCCCAGCGGAUUUCUUCCAAUCUGGCUCCAAGGCUCCCGCAUCGGGCCCAGCUGCUGCCGCUGCUCCUGCUGCAGCCCCGCCCGGCGGGGGAGCAGCGGCCGCCGCCCGGGGCGUCACCGCGGCGGCAGUGGGGCCGUCCUCACAGGCGCUUGCACAGCGGCCGGCAGGAGGUGGUGGUGGAGGUGGAGGUGCUGGAGCAGCAGCAGCGGCGGCAGCGGGAAAAGGAGGAGGUGGAGGAGCUGCUACUGUUGUGGCGGCGCUGCCAGAGGGCUUCUUCGCUGACAAGGCUGCUGACGCCAAGGCCCGCGGUGUGCGGUUGCCCACUGCGGAGGACAAGGAGGCGGAGUUCCGGGCCUUCACCGCACUCAUAGACGAGGAACUCAAACAGCAGGCUGUUGAGGAGGCGGAGGAGGCCGAGGAGGAGGCGGAGGAGAAGGCAGACCGCGAGGCCUUCCUGCUGAGGCGCCAGCAGGAGCGACUGGAGCUGCUCCGGCGACGCAAGCAGCUGCUGGCGGCCAAGACAGCAGCAGCAGCAGCAGCUGGUACGACAGCUGGUACGACAGCAGGUGCUGGCAGCAGUAGAGGUGCCGUACAGCUGGAGCACUUGCCUGAGUUGCCAGCGGAUGAGGAGCUCCGAGAGGCUCCCCCGCCGGCCUUUGGCAUGCCCUCCUCCUCAGAUGAUGAAGAGGAGGAGGAGCAGCAGCAGCAGGAGGUCGGAGGAGGUUUGGGGGCGGAGGGAGGAGGGGCUGCUGGUUCGGCAGAGCGGGAGGAGCAGCAGCGGCGGAGGCAGCGGCGGGCGGUGCCGGUGCUGCCGGGUAAGAGGCGGCGAGUGAUUGAUGCGCUGGCUGCUACGUUGGCUGCUUCAGAUGGGGAGGAGGGGAGUGGCAGCAGUGCAGGAGAGAGCAGUGAGGAGGAAGGCAGCAGCGACGGAGGCGUUGGUGGGCUGAACUGGCGAGCGAAGCGGGUGUAAGAGUUGCCGGGGGAGGAAGGUGACGUAGCAGUUUGAGGGUGCGCUUGCUGGUGCUGCAAAGCUGAUAGGAGAACGGUGAGUGGGUGGCGGGCCGUUUGGCGUCGUGGGAUGUAAGGUACCGUAUUUUACGAGAACGGUUAAGGGAACACUGGAAGGCGCCCCGGCGUGGGUUUGUUUCGGUUGUGUGACUGCUGGGCAGACCCACGGGUCAGUGCUGGUGGGCUGAUGAGCUACUAUACGAUGGCACGGGCGGCACACAUGGAGAGCUGCAGCGUCAGCGGUAUAUGUAUGUAACUAGCCCCGGUCUGCAGUUGACAAUGCUGGUUUCUGCGGCUACUCCUACUUUGCAGCACUGGU